GAAAAUAAGAAAUGUAAUAUUAAUAUUAGUUUGAAUUUGAUAAAUCAUAUUCAUCUCCUCCAUCUCUCUCUCUCUCUAUCAUUAAAUAUGCAGAAACCAACGAAAUUUCAACUAAGAUGACGGCUCACCAUUUAACACUACCCUCAAUCUCUGCCGUACCCACCGUCACCGGUAACCAAAUGAACCACGGCGAGCUCUACAGACUAGCCAAGGUAUGGACAAUUGCCAUUCCUCUCAUUUCUUACUCCUACUAUUUCACUUCCAAGAUCCCCAAGGGAAUCCCAAGGCUCCUUGCUCUCUUCCCCGUUCUCUUCAUCUUCCUCCUCCUUCCUCUCAAUCUCCGCUCCUUCCAUCUCUGCGGUCCCACCGCCUUCUUCCUCUCCUGGCUCGGCAAUUUCAAACUCCUCCUCUUUGCCUUCGAUCUGGGUCCUCUGUUCUCUUCCCCUCUCCCGAGCUUCCUCCACUUCGCCGCCACGCUCUGCCUUCCCAUCAAGAUCAACAACAACAAAUCCCAGAUCCAUAGAAUUGGAAAUCCGAUGGUUCUUUGUUUGAAGGUCUUGCUUCUAGCGAUUGUCGUUCGGCUCUACGAUUACCAGAAUCGUAUGCAUCCGGCCAUCGUUUCCGUUCUGUAUUUUCUCCAUUUGUACUUAGGCGUGGAGAUCGUGCUCGCUUUGUGUUCUCUUCCGGCGAAGGCCAUCUUCGGAGCUCCGAUGGAACCACAGUUCGACGAACCCUAUCUCUCGAGUUCGCUUCAGGAUUUCUGGAGCCGUCGAUGGAACCUGAUGGUUCCGAGUAUUCUAAGGCCGGCCGUAUACGAUCCCACCCGUAUGAUAACUUCCCGCAUUUUUGGGCGUAGGCGGGCCCAAUUGGUGGGUAUGGUAGCUACGUUCGUUGUGUCCGGCUUUAUGCACGAGCUCAUCUUUUAUUACUUCACCCGUGCCCCUCCCACCUGGGAAGUCUCCUCUUUCUUCGUUCUUCACGGCUUCUGCAUGGCCGCUGAGGUCGCCGCUAAGGCCGCCCUGGCUUGGCCCUCCAACAUCCACCCCAUGCUCUCUCGGCCCACUUGUUUGUUCUUUUUGAUGGUCACCGCACGCUGGCUCAUGCUCCCUCCAUUGAUUCGAAAUGGUGUCGUUGACGAGGCGAUUGGUGAGUAUUAUGCUACUGCCCACUUCUUCAAGAGUAAAUUUAUUUUGUUUCUUUAAUGUUAGGAGAUGGUUUAAGGAUGGAUUGAAGUUGUAGAUCCUACAAAGUUGGAUAGUUUGAUCCUGAAAUAAUACCCAAUAUUAUGUUUUUUCUUUUUUCUUUUUAGUCGUGACAUUAAAUACCUCUAGUGGUUUUCCAACAAAAUAUUUGUAGAUUUUUCUUC